AUGGCCACCCAGGAUGCCGGCGAACAGACGCAUCCUUCUUCUUCUCCACCAGAUCUGGAGGCCAUCUACAUUCACUUGUCCCGCUACCCAUUCUCUACUGAUUCCGAGUAUCAAGCCGGCCUUGCAACGAUUUUAGGUCACCAGGACACGCCUGUAACACCGGAAGAACUGCGCGACAAGUCAGACCUGGUGCUCCAGGCCCAAUGCUUCUAUUUCUCGAGGAGGUUUCACAUCACCCCGCCUGUAGCUCCGCAAGCAUACUCAGCGUGGCUUCAAUCGCAACCACAUCCACAUCCACACCUUCAGCUAUUCUCAACACAUUCCCAACCUGAAGCCAACCCCUCAGAACCACCGACAACAUCUGCGCCGUCUUCGCUACCACGAGAGCCCGCUCAAACGGCCGCUACCGCCUCCACCUCCUCAACCGAUACCGGUACAGCUCCUUCGGAAGCUGCUCAAGACCCACCAUACCCCACUUCCUUCGCGGCUAUUGUGGACCUUAUAACGCGCAACAUCCCCGUUCCAGGGAUAGAAGAGAUCCCGCCCACUGUCCUCGAGCCAGGAUCGAGCAAGAUCGAUAAGACACCGCGGAGGAGGAAACCUUGGGAGAAAGAUACCGACACGUCAGGCUCGGAAGAACAACCGUCGCAAGCGGAUGGAACAUCUGUCCAGGCAAGUGACACACAAGCCACGACCAAGAGUGAAGAGAACCGUGAACCAGAGUCUGGGACCAAAGAAGUCGACAUCAACGGACACAAAAUGGCCGGCGAAGGGGUGGUAAAGAUUCUGCAACCCAACGCCAUCCCGGACAGUGGGCUGCUCAGUAGAGAUUGA